AUGUCUUCUAAAGCACAAGUACUUAGUUGGUCUAACAUCAACUUGCAGUUGACCAAUGGAACCAAACAAGUACUUAUUGAUAAUGUAAGUGGGUCAGUUAGUGCUGGUCAAAUGCUAGCCAUCAUGGGGCCAUCAGGUUCUGGGAAGUCUACGCUUUUAAAUAUCUUAGCUCAUAGAUCUAAACCUGGAUCUUCUAUUCAAUCCGGGGAAAUCAAAAUCAACAAUGAGCAUGCAAAUCUUGCAAAAAUAAAACAAUUGUCAAGUUACGUUGAGCAGGAAGACCACUUAAUUGGGUCACUUACGGUAUUGGAAACUGUAGAUUAUAGUGCUAGAUUUGCUGGUGUUGAUAAGAAUUUUAGAAAGCAGUUGGUUGACAAAACGAUAUCUUUGUUGGGUUUGGAAAACCAACGAGAUGUGAAAAUUGGUAGUCCUAUCCAAAAGGGUAUUUCUGGUGGACAAAAGAGAAGAGUUAGUAUUGCAUCUCAAAUGAUUACUACACCUUCGAUUUUGUUUCUUGAUGAACCAACUUCUGGUUUGGAUUCUGUUGCUUCUAGAGAGGUUAUCAGCACAAUCAAAAGAAUUGCCAGUGAAGAGAACAUGAUUGUUAUCUGUUCUAUUCACCAACCUUCAACAUACACAUUUGAAUUGUUUGAUGAUGUUCUAUUUUUAUCUAGAGGGAAAACUGUGUAUCAUGGGAAGGUGGAAAAAGUUGUCAAAUACUUUGACUCCGUUGGAUACACUAUUCCUCCAUAUAUUAAUCCUUCAGAAUACGUUUUAGAUUUAAUCAAUACCGAUUUCACAGUUGAUCAAGACGCAGACGAGAAAAUGGAGGUUUUGAGUGAUUUGGUGAACAAAUGGAAAUCAACUCAUGUUGCAGCUGCCAAACCAGAAAGUGAAAUUAAUGAAAUUGAACUUGACAAGUUUGACGCAAAGACUGAAGUUAAGAACACUUUUAUUCUUGUAAGUAGAGUCUUGAUCAAGGCUAGAAGAGAUAUAUUGACAUAUUAUGUGAGAAUGGUAAUGUACCUUUGUUUAGCCAUAUUAAUGGGUACUGUUUGGUUAAGAUUAGGAAAAGGUCAACAAAAUAUUCAACCAUUUAUCAAUGCAAUUUUUUUUUCUGGUGCUUUUAUGUCGUUUAUGUCUGUUGCUUAUAUCCCAUCAUACAUUGAGGAUUUGUUAAGUUACAAAAAGGAAAGAUUGAAUGGGUUAUAUGGGCCAUUUGCAUUCACGAUAUCAAACUUUUUAGUUGGUUUGCCAUUUAUAUUUUUGAUUGCAACCUUGUUCAGUGUGAUCACAUUCUUUAUGGUUAAUUUUAAUUCCACUGCCACGGGAUUUUUCUAUUAUCUUAUGUGGUUAUUCUUGGAUUUAGUUGCUGCUGAAUCAAUGACGAUAUUUAUUGCUUCCAUUUUCCCUAAUUUCGUUAUUGCAUUAGCACUCACUGCUUUUGCCAAUGGGUUGUGGAUGGCAGUUGGUGGAUUUUUAGUUCCCUCGAACAUUUUGAAUGUAUUUUGGUAUUACACCUUCUAUUGGGUUGAUUAUCAAAGAUACGUGUUUCAAGGAAUGAUGUUUAACGAGUUUGAUAAUAGAAACUUUGAUUGUGAUAACAAUUGUUUUUGUAUGUAUGAUUCACCAUUGGCAUCACAAUGUAUGAUUAAAGGUUCAGCAGUGUUGGACCAUUUGGGCUACGGAAAAUAUGAUAAGGGACUUUGGAUUGGAGUUUUGAUUGCAAUUAUCUUCUUUUAUAGAGUGGCAAGUUAUCUUGUCUUACGAUUUAAAAAGUAA